AUGUUUUUCUUUCAGGAUAAAGAUCACUACGACUACCUCUUCAAGUUCAUCAUCAUCGGCGAUGCGGGCGCUGGAAAGUCUUGCCUUUUGCAUCAGUUCAUCGAAAAUAAAUUCAAGAAAGGAUGCAGUCACACGAUUGGCGUGGAGUUUGGGAGCAAAAUGAUCGGCAUCGCAGGGAAGAGAAUCAAACUUCAAAUCUGGGAUACAGCAGGCCAAGAACGGUAUCGCUCCGUGACGAGGAGUUACUACAGAGGCGCUGCCGGCGCACUGCUUGUCUACGAUAUCAGCAAUCGGGACUCGUACAACCACCUCAUGAACUGGCUCGCGGACGCCAGGUCGCUGGCGCGCGCUGACAUUUCCAUCAUCGCCGUCGGCAACAAGGCGGACUUGAAGGAAAAACGCGCUGUCUCCUUUUUGGAGGCCUCACGCUUUGCUCAGGAGAACGACAUUCUUUUCUUGGAAACGAGCGCCUUCACUGGAGAGGGAGUUGAGGACGUCUUCAUCAAAGUUGCUCGGCUCAUUCUCAACAAAAUCGAAGAUGGUCUCAUCGAUCCCAACACGAUGAUCUCAGGCAUCCACGCCACGCGCACGACGCUGGGAUCUCCGGGGCCGAAGCCUCCGCCCUCGAGCUGCUCCUGCUGA